GUACGUCAUUGCGUAAGGGGCAAUAUAGAUAGGCUAUGUUCUACCAGAGAAUUUCUCUUCUUACGUACGAUUCGUACGUACGAUAAUUACGACAUUCUUGUGCCGCGGCCUUUAAGGGUAUGCACAUGCAGACUGCAGUACAAAUAAUAACAAUGUAAACACACAACUAUAUAUUUGUUCUCUUCCCACCACCUUUCUCUCUCCCUCUCUCUCUCUCUCUCUGUUCUUAAAUUUAAACUGUUGUUUAUUCUUCAAGUGAUGAAGUAAAUAGAAAAUCAUUUUUAUGUUAAAUAACAAAACAAAAUUUCUAUUGCUUACAACAAUUAUAAAUAUGGCAGGUUUUACUGAGAGUGCACUUAUAAAAAAACUCGUGGAACUUAAUCCAUCACAACAAAGUAUUCAAACACUUUCACUAUGGUUAAUUCAUCACAGGAAACAUCAUUCUACUAUAGUAAAAGUUUGGUUUAAAGAGCUAUGCAAGUCAAAAGACAACCGUAAGCUAAUGUUUAUGUAUUUGGCGAAUGAUGUUAUUCAAAAUAGUAAAAAGAAGGGUCCAGAAUUUGGGAAAGAAUUUGAAACUGUAUUACCAAAAGCGUUCGAACAUAUGAAGCAUUUUGAUGAAAAAACAAGAGAAAAACUAGGUCGAUUAAUAAAUAUAUGGGAGGAAAGAGGUGUAUAUGAGAAAUCACAAAUUGUAGAAUUCAAAGAUUCAUUUAGUAGUACUUCAGAACCAAUCAAAGACUCUGGAACUCCGCCAAAGAAAAAACCUAAACUCGACAAUGAAAAGAAGGACAAGAAAGAAAGAAAAAAAUCAGAAACUGAAAUCGAAGUGGAUGGUACGAAGGAGCUGCAUGUAACAUUGAGUCCUCGUACACCUGGCGGUGAUCCACCUGAAACUGAAGAGCUGAUAAAAGCUUUAAUGGAAUUAGAGAACACUGCAUCCUCUGAUGCUGCAGUAAGAGAACGUAUAGCAUCUUUACCGCCCGAGGUAUCUGAGGUAUCUCUUCUUGCUAAUUUGGCUGAUCGUACAGCUGCGGAUCAAUUAAGUAUAGCCGUUAAUGAAGCAGCAGCUUUGUUAGCUGACUACAAUGGCCGUUUGCAAGCUGAAAUGGAAGACAGAAGGAAGCUGCUAACAAUGCUUAAGGAUUACACAAUAGCACAGCGCCAAUUACUCCAGCAAGCACAAUUGACAUUAGAGGAUUAUAAGGAAAAAUUAAAGAAGAUUUGUACGGUACGAGCAGAAGUGAAAUCUCAUAUUUCAAAUCUUCCUGAUUUGACUCAACUUCCAGAUGUUACGGGUGGAUUGGCACCAUUACCUUCAGCUGGUGAUUUAUUCUCCUUACAACAUUAAAUGCUGUUUAUCCUAUCAAUAUUUCAAACAGAAACUUUAUUUUGCAAAGUUUAAUAUCUUUGAAAUGUUAGUUACUAAAAAUAAAUCAUUUUUUGUUUCCUGUUACAAUUAAAACUAUUAACAAAAAUAAAUAAAAAUAUAUAUUUUAAUAAAUUAAAAA